GUGGUUUCUUGCGUCAUCAUUUUAUGCUGCUUCCUGCGUGCCGAUGCAGAGUGAAGGGUGGAAGGAAAAAAAAAAAAACCAAAUAUGUCCUUGUACGUUAACGUAUGAACUCGGAAGCAGCCAACAACAUGCACUGAGGUAAAGGAAACUGGAGCAGCAGCAGCAGCAGCAGUUGGAGUACGGUCAAAUCUGUUCAGAGGAGCACGACCUCUACAAAGUCACUGUCAUGUUAGCAGAGUUGGUCAACUCAUCGUCCAGAAAGUUAGAGUGAAAGUCGCAAGCUUGAGCAGCUCCAGGUCGUCGAGCCGGUCUGAAUGUGAGGUGGAAACAGCAAACAGGAAGAGAUGCGGAGAGUCCGGAGAAGAGGGGGGAACAAAGACAAGGUGUUUGGAUGUGAUCUGCUGGAGCACUUGAACGCCUCCUCCCAAGAGAUCCCUCAGGUGUUACGAUGCUGCAGUGAAUUUGUGGAGCAUCAUGGCAUCGUGGAUGGAAUCUACAGGUUGUCUGGAGUGUCGUCCAACAUACAGAAACUAAGGGGUGAGUUUGAGGGAGACGGGACUCCAGAUCUGAACAAGGAUCUGUACCUGCAGGACAUCCACUGUGUCAGCUCUCUCUGUAAAGCUUAUUUCAGAGAACUGCCAAACCCUCUGCUCACCUACCAGCUGUAUGACAAGUUUGCUGAGGCUGUUGCCAUCCAGCUGGAGGAGGAGAGACUGGUGAAGAUCAGAGAUGUGCUGAAAGAACUGCCAACGCUACAUUACAGGACUCUGGAGUUCCUGAUGCGUCAUCUCGUCAGAAUGGCCUCAUACUCCUCAGAGACCAACAUGCAUGCCAGGAACCUGGCCAUUGUCUGGGCCCCCAACCUGCUCAGGUCAAAGGACAUCGAGGCCACUGGGUUUAAUGGUACGGCAGCCUUCAUGGAGGUCAGAGUUCAGUCCAUUGUGGUGGAGUUCAUACUCACACACGUCCCUCAGCUGUUUCCUGAACAAGGUGUACCCAGUGAGAGGAGGAAGUCCCUCCCCUCACCAACCCCAGCAGCCAAUCAGGACGAACCAUUUUUCAAGCAUCCUGUCAACUUUGGAAACAUCAGUCCAGGGGAUGGUCCUCUGCCCAUAAGACCCUACCAUGCAAUUAUUGAAGGCACAGACAAGAGGAAAGGAUCUCUCAAAGGCAGGAAGUGGAUGUCCAUAUUCAACAUCGGAGGACGAUUUCAUGACCCACGACGAAGACAGAAAAAUUCUUCUACUAAAGAGAAAGACAGGUCUGCUCUGAGACCGGCACGGAGCAUGGACUCCCUCAGUACGCAGUCAUAUCCCCAUGAAGGACCCAGGAAUCCUUCACAGCUUCCACCCUCUACCAACACGUCUCCCCUCAUCACCCCCUCCCCACAGGCAGGCUCAGAAGUCGGAUUAGGGCGCAGUGAAUAUGCUGUGACAUAUCGCAGGGGCACAGGGUUAGUAACUGGAGGGACCCAGGGCACAUACACUGCUCUGGACCCUGAGGGUUUAGGGGUCGUAGGCAACGAGGCCUUCCAGUCCAGAUCCCCGGGACUCUCCACCAAAGCUGGGCGACGAGCAGCCAUGCACAUCACGGGGCCCACCAUGGUUACUGUGCCACUACACAUCACCUCUAACCUGGCUUUAGGAGUGCUGCAAGGGCGUGGAAGUGACAGAGUCAUCCACCGUGGCAGGGAUAAGGAUGGAGGAAGCAAGGCGCAUGGGAAGGAGGGAGAAGGCAAGGUGGAGGAGAAGGAAAGCAGAGAGACGGAGGUGGAGGGAGGGGGGAAGGUUAGGGAGGAGGAAACACUCAGGGAGGGAAAUGUGGACCUGGAAGGUGAGGAGAAGGGUGAAGGAGCAAAGGUGGAGGAGGAGAAGGAAGAGAAGGAGGAGGAGCAAGAGGAGGCGAGAAAAGAUGAUAGAUGGAAAAUGGAAUUGACUGCAGGUGCAGCUGUGUCCAGCAAACAAGCCAAACGGAACAACUCCAACACAAACGAUGAAGAUGCUGCAAAUAUUUACCAGGAUGAUGAAUGCUGCAGUGACUACAUGGACAUGAAAGGGACGGAAGACGCCGGUCCUGUGCCGGCUGACACUCAACCUGAAGACGUUGAUGCUUCUGAUGUCCUCAACGCCACUGAGGUGGGAGAGGACGACCAGGAGCUGUUUGGCUACGUUCAGGACAGCUUUGAAUUCCUGGACCACAUGGACUGCAGCGGCUCCUAUCAGGUGCACGAGUUCUCCGUGGAGCCUCCUGGACACUCGGAUGACGAGUAUGAAGUCAUGGAGCAAGCUCAGGAUCCUCAGCAUCCUGCGGAUGGACAGACACAUCAACCACACACGCCGAGUCAGUAUGAGUUAAAGCCACACCGGCCGCUCAGCCUCGACCUCCAGAGCAGACACACUAAAUCCCUCAGCUUGCCUUACAUGACCUCACCUGUCCACGGACCGGAGGAGUCUUCCUCUGAUGAGGAGGAUGUGGAGGAUGACAGUGAUGAUGAUGAUGAUUAUGGCAGCAUAGAAGAGGAGAGCAUGUUUAUGAAAAGCCUUCCUGCUGAUUUCUAUUUCAACGAUCUGAAUAAGUGUGAACUGGAAAAUGAAGAAAGAAAUGAAGACACUUGCACGAUGGACAGACGCCCUGUCCAUGAAACGAUGCACAGCGAGGAGACAACGGCGCAAACUAAUGGAGACCAGGAAGAAAGAGAAAAAUAUCAGGACAGACUGGAGGAAAAACAGAUCAUGAAGAAGGAAGAGGAAAUUGCACACAAUGAGCAAGAAGUUCAACCAGAGGAACAUGUGCAGAGCACAGCAACAGAGGACGAUGUCCACACCAUGGAAGAGGGACGAACAGACAGAGAAAAGCCUUCCAAUCCAGAACAACACUGCUGUGUUGAGUUUCCACUGCCAAGCAAUGACGAAUUACAGAUUAUCGAGGUUGACGAGGGGGAUGAGAAUGUGGACGAGGAUGAUGAUCCUCCCGCUUAUGAUCCACCUUGUCACGUAGAAGAGGAGUCCAGAGAACUUCUGUGUGAUGGAGAGGAAACAACAGAGGGACACACUGAGGACGGGGAGGAUAAAAGUGUGGAAACAGACAUGUUGUGUCAGGAAAUGGCUCUGGAAGUACAAGAAAGUGAUGAGAACCUGACUGAACGUCCUGCUUUAGGAGGACAGGAAGGGACAGCUGAGGAGAAAGGUGAAGAAAAGACGCAGGAAGCUGUUGAAGAGGAGGACAGUGCCGGUGUUUGUGGCGGUGGAAUUUGGGAGCAACUUGAGGACGUUGUAUGUGAAGUGAUAGAGGAUGAAGAAAGUGAGCUCGUACAGAGGGAGGCUGUCGCUGGAGGGGGGGAUGAACAGAGACUGAAUGAUUCAGGGGGGGAAAUAGAGCAAGUGGAAGGAGCUGGGACAGACGAGAGAGAAGUUAGAGGACAGUUAGAGGGACAACCACCGGAGACGACUGAAGAAAAGCUCACAGAACCAGAGAUGCAACAAGACUUGAAAGAAAAUGAGACUUGUUUACCAGAGACAAGAGAACGACUAGAAGCAAUUCAAGGGAACAAUGAGGCACAGUUUCACGAUAGAGAUGACGUGGUUAGAAAAGAAGAAAACGAGAAAGGCAGAUGUGAUGAGAGGUUUACAACGUGUGCAGAUAAACGACAAAAAGAGCCCGAGGUUGUGAAAGUGAAGUGUGAGGAGAGAGACAGUCGUCAAGGAGGGGGAGGCGUGGGCAGGAAGCUGGUUAUCUCCAAACACCCAAAGGUUUACCAGGUGAAAGCUGUGCCAAUUGUUCCGCCGAAGCCUCAGCACUGCAAACUUACUGCUCUGACCCUGCGACAGCAGCAGCAGCAGCAGCAGCAGCAAAGAGACAGAGGAAGCAGAGAAAUCCCACCCGUCCUCCUGGCAGAGCAGGUCAAAGUUUGGGACGCAGCAGAACAUGGGAGAGACGGAGGAGGCGAGAGGUGGAGGGAGAGGAGGGACGAAGGCGCCACGAGGGACACAAGCAGAAACAGUCCCCUGAGCAUGUGUUUCGACGAGGCCGUCGCUAUAGCAACCCUGAGGCGAGGAAAGGAGAGGGAGUGCGAGAAGGAGAGGCAGAGAGAGUGGGCAGGUGAAGUGUAGUCUGUUUGUUGACUUAAACUGAUUAUUGUGUGCAAACUCCGUUCCUGCACAUCACACAAAGAAGAAGACUGUACUUUUUUCUCUCUUUAGUGUAACAGAUUUUUAUUUCAGUUUAAAUUACAACAAUAGUUGUCUGACAUCUUCUUCUUUUCUGCCACGUGACAAUAGUUUUUGGAUGUAUUUUUAUUUUUAUCUUUAUUGGUUGUCAAGAGUUGACAGGGAUUCCCUGGCUGGA